CGGGCUGGGGGUGGGUGUGACAGUCUGCUAUAAAACCGCGCUCCGUGUCCUCACUGGCACCACUCGCCCUGCUCUGCCCAGCAGCCGUCCGGUCCCGCCCCAAACAUGAAGCUCGUGAUUGUCCUCUGCCUGGUGGCUCUAGCUUGGGCCGACAAGGACGCCAAAAUCGUGAACCAGCAGUUCGAGAUCAACGAGGAUGGCUCCUAUGAUGCCCAGCACGAAACCAGCAACGGCAUCCGGUCCGAUGAGAGCGGCAUCUCGUACCCGGGUAACGAGCCGGAGACGGGCAACUACGUGAGGAGUGGCUCCUACUCGUAUGAAUGGGAGGGCGUCACCUACACCGUCACGUGGCAGGCCGAUGAGAACGGAUACUUCGCCGAGGGUGACCACCUCCCCAAGUAGAACUUUCUACCCUCUCUCCCCUCUUCCCACAUCUCUCCGAUGUCUUUGUCCGUGUCCCACCACUGCGAAUAAGUGUCUCCAUAUACCAUGAGCCUUCGUGCCAGUCCCGCGUGUUAUCUGUGAUCUGUGGUCCGAAGUCCUCAAUAUAGUCCACAACGGCAA